AUGGAAAAUACGGUGCAGGCUUUCAUGCAGAAAAAUGAUUUGGAGAAAGUAUGGAUGGUAAGGAAUUUCAAGACAGUAUAUAGAGAUGGGAAACGUAAUAAGGAUAAGAAGAGAAUAGAGGACAAGAGAGCUGCAAACUCUUUGCACAGUAAGUUGAAAGAAGAAAAUUGGAGGACCGAUAAAGUAGAAGUAGGAGAAAAACAAGUAUUGGUAGAGUCACCAUCAAGAAGUGAAUCUGAGAAAGCGAAGGUUCAACCGCCAGGAACUUCUCUUAAAUUGCAGAAACCUUUCGGACACUUUGGAACUGAUGGAAGGAAUUUUCAAGACGCUUCAGAACCAAUGAAAUGCCUUGAAAGAUAUUCAAUUUUGGGCUUUAAAUACGGAGUCAGUACCAAAAUUUGA